UCAACGGUAUAAUCACUUAUUAUUAAUAUCAUGGUUGAUGGAAGGUAAGCCCAGUGUUACAUCAGCUUAUCAGUGAUUAGAUAUCCAUAAAAGGCGCCGUAUCAUAUCAGCAUGGUCAUUCUGGAGGGUUGCUAUCGAGUUAUCGGGUUCAGUUGACCGAAACAAUCUGGCGGAAUUGCACACACUCGACGGACUGUGACCACCGAUCAUGGGCGAAGAAACAUCAAUCGAAGUGACAGUCGAGGAGAAUCAAAUGUCUGAGGCGAAGCAUGUUGAAACUGCUGAAGAAGUUCCAAAAAAUGCGAUAGAUAGUGCUGCUACAUCGACGACUAGCGAUGGCAUUCCGCAGUAUUUGUACGAUGCCAUCGACAAGCUAGCUCCUGGCGAAGGAUUCACGCCUGGUCAGUACAAGGUCUCCUUUGAAACGGGAUCCGGAAAGGGCGAUGGAUUUGUGGGGGAAAUGUUCCGAGCCUACAUUAGAGAAGGCGAUCGGAAUAUGACUGUGCUCUGCAAGAUUCCACCGAGAAACGAAGCACGUCGAAGGCAGUUCGGUUCUUUGGCGAUCUUCGAAAGAGAAGUGUUGGCGUAUUCGAAGUUGCUGCCGGCUAUGUACGAGUUUCAACGGGAGCGAGGAGUCACCGAGGAGCUUAAGUUGGGAUUCUUCAAUGCUCCCAAGUGCUAUUACGCUGCUCAUGAAGAAUCUUUGGAACAGUCCGUGGUAGUGAUGGACGAUUUGCGGCUCGAAGGAUAUCGGAUGUGGAACAAGCUGGUACCGGUAAACUACGAGCACGUCCGAUUGAUGAUGAUAAAACUGGGUAAACUGCAUGCAGUUUCGUUUGCCUUGAAAGAUCAACGACCGGAAGUUUUUGAGCAGUUCAAGGUACCGGAUCCGAUGUCUUCAAUUAUGUUGCAAAUCGAAGGGUUUCAACAGGUCAUGCUACAUUCUUUAGAUCGAGCGAUAGCCCUAGUGGAUUCUGGUGAGACGAAAACUCUCUUGAAGCUGCAGAACUUGCGGGAGAAUUUGAUGACCGAUCUUGUCAAAAUGAGCGAGUCGCCAGGUGCUGAACCUUAUGCUAUUCUAGGACAUGGCGACUGUUGGGUCAAUAACAUGAUGUAUCUGUAUCAGAACGGUGCUCCCAAAGAGAUGGUGAUGGUGGAUUGGCAAAUAUGUCGGUACGUGUCGCCAGCACUGGAUUUGGUGUACUUCCUGUUUUGCUGCACCGAUGAACAGUUCCGUCGGCAGCACUACGACGAUAUGAUUCGAACGUAUUACGCUUCGUUGAGGGAGCUGCUGGAGAAGCUCGGAGGAGACGCCACUCGUCAGUUCCCUUAUACCGCUUUGCUCAGGCAGCUUAGGCGAUUUGGACGAUUCGGACUGAUAAUGGCUACCUUCGUGAUACCGAUUCUGUGUAUAGACAAUGCAGAUAUUCCCGAUUUGGAUGAGCAAGCGGAGAAGCACAAGGAUAUGCAAGAAGUGGACAUGAGCGCAUUUAUUCCUAAGGAGAAGGCCGACAUUAAGUAUCGGAAUCGCAUGGGAGGUGUGAUCCGAGAUAUGGUUAAGUUUGGUUACCUGUAGGCUUUAUUCAACAAAGCAGAAUAAUGAUGUGUUUUUUAUCGGAAAUAUAAGCUUGAUAAACUCAAAACUUUGUCCAUUUUUAUCCUCAUCAAGUUUACUGCUUUCGUAGUUCUCGGCCUGUUUGUUAGAAUAGGUUUUUUGAGGGUGUUUGUAUUUGCUCAAAAUGUACAACGAU